CUGCACGGCCUCCCGCUUUCGGACCGCUGCACUGUGACCUGUGACCCCGCGUCUGCGUCAACGCGCUGGCACAACACGGAACAUGGCGGCCAGCUCCCAGCGCAGUCCUCCUCCUUUCCCCGCAUCCGAGGAGCCAGAGACCGCGGGCUGUGGCGUGGCAGAUGGAGACAGCGACGAAGGGGAGGACAUCUUCGUCAACAAUAGUAAGCCUGCUGCUGUCAGUCGCGGUGUAUCUAAGCCUGAGCGGGAUGAGUCCCCAGAUCUAUUCAGUGAGGAGGCCCACAGCACCGCACCUGCCAGCAACACCACUGCCCCGUCCAAUGUUCCAGCCAAUGCCCAGUCUAAUGCCCAGCCUAAUGGAGUACACUCGGAUGAUGACAGCGACCUGUUUGCUGAUGCCCGUGUAGAGCUAAGCACCGAUAAGAGCAGCUCUGCCUCUGUAGCACCGCGGACCAUGCCUUUUGCCCAGGGAUCUGCCUCUGUACAGCCCACCUCCUUAGAGCAGCUGGAGGAGGAAGAAGAAGCAAAGGACAGUUUUGAUGUUGACAUCUCUGUCACCAGUCCCGAGAAAGUUGGUGAUGGCAUGAAUGCAUAUGUGGCCUACAGAGUGUCCACAAGGUCGUCCUUGGCCAUGUUCAAGAGUAAGGCCUUCUAUGUGAGGAGGCGCUUCAGUGACUUCCUGGGUCUCUAUGAGAAGCUGUCAGUCAAACAAUCUCUUCAGGGCUGCAUCAUCCCUCCUCCACCUGAGAAAAGUGUCGUAGGAAUGACCAAAGUUAAAGUGGGAAUGGAUGACCCUUCGUCUGUAGAGUUUGUGGAAAGAAGAAGAGCAGCUUUGGAGAGGUAUCUUCAGAGAAUCGUGUGUCACCCCAUCCUCCUGCAGGACCCGGAUGUGCGGGAGUUCUUGGAGAGAGAAGAUCUCCCCAGAGCAGUGAAUACCCAGGCCCUGAGUGGAGCCGGCUUCCUCAAGAUGAUCAAUAAGGCUUCAGACGCUGUCAACAAGAUGACCAUCAAGAUGAAUGAAUCAGACACAUGGUUUGAGGACAAGUUUCAAGAGGUGGAGAACGAGGAGCAGCAGUUGAGGAAGCUCCAUGCUGUGGUGGACUCUUUGGUCAAUCAUCGGAAAGAGCUAUGUAUGAACACAGCGGUGUUUGCCAAAAGCAUGGCCAUGCUGGGAAACUCCGAGGACAACACAGCCCUGUCUCGUGCUCUGUCUCAGCUCGCAGAGGUGGAGGACAAGAUGGAGCAGCUGCACCAGGAGCAGGCGGCCAAUGACUUCUUUGUGCUGGGAGAGCUGCUGUCCGAUUACAUCCGCCUAGUGGGGGCUGUACGGGGCUGUUUUGACCAGCGCAUGAGGGCGUGGCAGAGGUGGCAGGAGGCUCAGAGCACACUCCAGAAGAAGAGAGAGGCUGAGGCCAAACUGCUGUGGGCCAACAAACCUGAAAAACUGCAGCAGGCCAAAGACGACAUCACUGAGUGGGAGUCCAGAGUAACCCAGUAUGAGAGAGACUUUGACCGGAUCGGCAUGACGGUGCGCAAAGAGGUCCUCAGAUUUGAGAAGGAGAAGGUAAAGGACUUCAAGAGCCAGAUAAUCAGAUACUUGGAGUCCAUGUUGCAGUCAGAACAAAGGCUCAUAAAGUUCUGGGAGGCUUUCCUACCCGAGGCAAAAGCAAUAGCCUGAUAAGGACGGGGCUUCUUUCUAAGACCUUAACUGCCUUUUGAACACUUUACCUCUUCGUGUGGAGCUGAGAGGACCAUUUCAAACACAACUUCCAUCCAUCUAACUCCUCUGUCCUUUUAACCACAUUUUAACAUGUAUUACUUUUCUAUACUGCCCUGUGACUGUGCCCAGCAUUUCAACUUUCAGUUUUUAAAGACUGGAAGGUUGUCUAACAGCAGGAGAGUAGGCCCGUUACGAUAAGACAUUUUGAAGUGUGAUAUACUGCUACAUAAAAUUGUUGCGAUAAACAGUUAGAUUGAAACGACUCGAUAAUUCCCGGAAAGUCCUUUUAUAAUUCAUAAUAUUGUUUAAAAAAUAUGAGCUGCAAUAUAAACAAACGACAGAAUGAAACAUUAAUACUUAAAGAGGGGGUAUUGCCAAAUCAACUCUUUGGAGCUUUCUACCAUGUUAUAACAUUCCCUCAUCAAAAACAUACCUGAAGAGGUUAUUUAAAUAAUUUGUGCAUGUUUGAUUGAUCUUCUGGUCUCUUGUGGGCACUAUUCGAACCCUAGUUUCUGUUUCAGGUGUACAAAACCACACGUUUUGUUUAAAAAUCUGCCCACGUGCCUACAUAUCCAGGAAGCUCUCUGCGGCGCUCCCACCACAUGACCCCUCUCUGCUUAGCCCUCCCCUCACAGAUCAGUGAGAGAACAAAGACAUGGCGUCAAAAACAAAAAUGAAAGUAAUUAAACUUUUUAAUAUGUUAUUUUUGGUGAAUAUAGCAUUUUCAAAACAAACAUGGUGAUCUAAAUAUGUGUUAGCACUUUAUACCCCAUAGAAGUGCAAUACCCUCUCUUUAACCAACUAUUAUAGAUACUAAAUAAAGUAAAUACUUAUUAUUCAAACCUCUACAGAUCAAAUGUGGUACUACAAAACAUAACAAAAACGCCCCACUAUUGCAAACAAAAUGUGCACAUGAUAAUUAUUGAGCUCCCUAAGUAUUGUUCCAGCUUUCAUAUUUUGAAUAAUAAGUCGAUAUAUAUUAAUUAUCGUGACAGGCCUAUCAGUGAGGAUGUGAGAAUUGCCACUACAAAUUAGUGCGAUAUCUAUUUAUGUUGCUUUGCUUAUAAUAGUGUAUGAAGGAAUUAACACUUGAGGUACUGCCCUAGACUAACAUGUCAUAGUUUACACUAGAAAUAGACUUAUGCAUUCCAAACUUUAACUUUGCUCAACAAUGCAUGAUAACUUUUGAUGCACUAAAAUCCAUUGUACAAACUGAUUUCUACAUGAUCACACUUUAUGACGGUGUUGAUGCAUUGUUACUGUGCUGAACAUUACACAUUUCAAAUGCCACACAAGUUUUAUUAAAGAUGCACUAUGUAACAUUUCUGGUUGAGGGUUCGCUACUUG